UUCGAGACUGUGAUAUUUCGAACGCGUAAAUGCGCACCUGCGAAAAAUCCUUAAAGAUCCGAUUUUAGACGAUCACACGCCCUAAAGAGGGUCACAUUCACAUCAGUGUGUGUGGACAGGAGUGUGAUCAGGUAACUGUGUGUGUGUGUAGACGAGUUAUUUUGUAGCUGAUUGUGUAAAGAUAGUGUUGCGGGGUUUUUAUUCGGGGGAACAGGGAGGAGCGGGAGGACGACGAGGAGGAGGGUGAGGGUGGUGGUGGUGGCGGUGGUGGAGGAGGAGGAGGAAGAAGAAGAAGAAGAAGAAGAAGUGUUAGGCAGAUUCGCCUGAAAGUGUCGGUGAAGUCCUGAUCUGUGCUUCGCUCUCUUCCCUCUCGGAGUGACUCAGUGUUUCUGCCGGAAUGCUGUUAUCUCUCUGAGCGUUCAGCAUGGACCAGGCGGGCUGCGUGAAUCUGUGCAGUCUGACCAGCACGCUGCCGGUGAUCCCGUACCGCAAACUCACCGACCUGCACUACAUCAGCAAAGGCGGCUUCGGCACCGUGUUCCGGGCGCAGCACAGCGACUGGCGCACCACCGUCGCCAUUAAGUGCUUAAAGCUGGACUCCCCGGUCGGGGAAAGAGAAAGGAAUUGCUUACUGAAAGAGGCCGAGGUGCUUCACAAGGCCAGGUUCAACCACAUCAUCCAGAUCUUCGGCGUGUGCAACGAGCCCGAGUUCUUCUGCAUCAUCACUGAAUUCAUGACCAAUGGCUCUCUGGACGAGCUUCUGCAUGAGAAAAACAUGUAUCCAGUGGUGGCUUGGCCUCUCAGGCUGCGUGUUCUGUAUGAAAUCGCUCUGGGCGUUAACUUUCUCCAUAACAUGACUCCACCGCUGCUCCAUCAUGACCUGAAAACGCAGAACAUUCUUCUGGACGGCGAGUACCACGUGAAGAUAGCUGACUUUGGUUUGUCAAAAUGGCGCCAGCUCUCAAUUAGCAAAGGUUCUGGAUCGAAGCCGGCUGAGAUGGGCGGCACCGUCAUAUAUAUGCCUCCUGAAGAGUACGAACCCAACAAGACUCGGAGAACGGAUGUCAAACAGGACAUGUACAGUUAUGCCAUCAUCAUGUGGGAAGUGCUGUCUCGACGGAUACCUUACGAAGAUGCUACAAACCCCAUGCAGAUAAUGUUCAGCGUCCUGCGCGGCUCUCGGCCCGACACCGGACUGGACAGCCUUCCAGCAGACAUCCCCGGCAGAGAGACACUCAUCAACCUCAUGACAUGCGGCUGGACCGCUAAUCCCGACGAGCGCCCCUCUUUCCUCAACUGUCUUAUCGAACUGGAGCCCAUGCUGCGGAGGUUUGAUGAAAUCGAUGUCCUGGAGGCGGUACUGGAGGUCAAAAGGUCAAAAUUCAUGCGACCUAUUAGCAGCCCUUCAACAACGACAACGACAACGACUACAGCGAAUGUGAAAAGAACAGAUAAGAGUCUGAAGGAACAAAACACUCCCUGGCCAGAUACCAGCUCUACAUCAGGUUCAGGGUCUUGCUCCUCCCAGGACACGGAUAUCUCCCAACCAGGCUACCUUACCAUCUCCAAUCCCUCUCAUGCUGGACCAUUGUCAUCGGUCAUGUCCAUACCACUGGAUGCUCCAAAACCCUUAUUGGAUCAGGGCUCUCAGAACAACCUGAAUCCUAAUUAUCAGACGGCCCAGUUCAUCUCGGACUACAGCAUCCCCCUAAGACCACACCUGCCUCAAAAUGAGAGCAACCUGCCCAUAAACAUUCAUCCACUCACCCUACAGGCACAUCCACAAGAUUUCCCCAUGGCGUCGGACAUCCAGGGCCCAGCAGCACGAUGGAUCAGCUCUCGACGGGAGGAGGUUGUGCGCCAGAUGACGGAAGCAUGUCUAAACCAGAGCCUGGAUGCGUUGCUGGCCCGCGAAUUGCUUAUGCGUGAGGACUACGAGCUGGUGGCCAACCAGCAGACGCGCACCGCCAAAGUUCGCAAGCUUCUGGACACGUGCGAGCGCCACAACGAGGAGUUUUGCCGCGUGGUGGUACGCAAGCUGCAGGAAAACAAGCAGAUGGGCCUGCAGCCGUAUCCGGACCUUACUUCCCCGACGCCUCCACCGCCCUACAGCGCCGCCAGUGCUCCACCACUGUCCACCUCCAGCAAUAACCUCCGCAACAUCUUCUGAGAUUUUCGCUUCCCUGAGAAUUGGACACUUUUGGAAUAGACCGCUGAGGGAUUUUCCUGCAUUGCUGCUUUUUUGUCAUAGGGAAAAAAUUGUAUUGGCCUUGCACCGGCGCGAUUACGCUCUCCCCUGCUGCGGAUGUAGAACUCGUUCAUUUCAUCCAGAUUAUACCCAAGCUCUUUCACUUUUUUUUUUUUAGUUGGAGUAGAUGGUUCAAGAUAUGUCAUUUGAUCAAAUGUUUUGUUCCAUCGCUGCUUUUGUGUGGUAGGUCCAGUGACUUUGUCCAUGUCCUGGUUGAGCAAUCCAGAUUACACCACCGUAUCUUCUCAUUUUUAGGCUGAGCUGGUCACUUGGGUUUAUCGGACACGAGAAUGUUCAAUCCGUGAAAGUGAACCAGGAUCAGACGGUGAAGUCGCCAGCACUGUUUUACCACGGCUUGAUGGGAACUUGUCUUCCUGUUUUUAUUUUUAUGAAAACUAUGAAGUUUUCUGGAAGUUCUACACCAGUUGGCUUUGUGAUAACCGGAUCUCACUUUUGGUAUUACACGCUGCCAUCACAACGACGUCUUGGCAUCUGUGAGAAAAUUGGUGGUUUGUCCUAGGUGCAUUUGCAGGGAAACGAUUUUUAAGUGAAACGUACGUACAGACCUGGGGGCCAGAACAAUGCUUAGAGAUUUUUAGUGCUGGAUCAUACAGCUCUGGAUAUAACUGACAACUGAUUUCUCCUCCUUAUCAUUGGAGUCAACCAAUAACCGAAGCCCCAUGCAGUUACAGUUUCUAACUUUCUCCUCCAUACUAUGCCCGAUUUAUGUUGCAUUUUUUAAAAAAAAAAAAAAAAAAACACAAGAAAAGAAA